AUGUGCAAAGGCCCUGAGGUAGGAGUUGAGGUCAGGAAGACUAGCACGGGCUUUGGUAUGAAGGACCUUAGAGACCAGGACAUACAGCAGCUCCUCCAGCUUCAGCAGCUGGUGCUCGUGCCAGGCCACCACCUCCAGCCACCUGCUCAGUUCCUGCUGCCACAGGCCCAGCAGAGUCAGCCAGGCCUGCUACCGACACCAAAUCUCUUCCAGCUACCUCAGCAAACCCAGGGAGCUCUUCUGACCUCCCAGCCCCGGGCCGGGCUGCCCACACAGGCCGUGACCCGCCCCACGCUGCCCGACCCGCACCUCUCGCACCCGCAGCCCCCCAAAUGCUUGGAGCCACCAUCCCACCCCGAGGAGCCCAGUGACCUGGAGGAGCUGGAGCAGUUCGCCCGCACCUUCAAGCAACGCCGCAUCAAGCUGGGCUUCACGCAGGGUGAUGUGGGCCUGGCCAUGGGCAAGCUCUACGGCAACGACUUUAGCCAGACGACCAUCUCCCGUUUCGAGGCCCUCAACCUGAGCUUCAAGAACAUGUGCAAACUCAAGCCCCUCCUGGAGAAGUGGCUCAACGACGCAGAGACUAUGUCUGUGGACUCAAGCCUGCCCAGCCCCAACCAGCUGAGCAGCCCCAGCCUGGGCUUCGACGGGCUCCCUGGCCGGAGACGCAAGAAGAGGACCAGCAUCGAGACAAACGUCCGCUUCGCCUUAGAGAAGAGUUUUCUAGCGAACCAGAAGCCUACCUCAGAGGAGAUCCUGCUGAUUGCAGAGCAGCUGCACAUGGAGAAGGAAGUGAUCCGCGUCUGGUUCUGCAACCGGCGCCAGAAGGAAAAACGCAUCAACCCCUGCAGCGCAGCCCCCAUGUUGCCCAGCCCGGGGAAGCCAGCCAGCUACAGCCCCCAUCUGGUCACACCCCAAGGGGGCGCCGGGACCUUGCCAUUGUCCCAAGCUUCCAGCAGUCUGAGCACAACAGUUACUACCUUAUCCUCAGCUGUGGGGACGCUCCACCCCAGCCGGACAGCCGGAGGGGGUGGGGGCGGGGGCGGGGCCGCGCCCCCCCUCAAUUCCAUCCCCUCUGUCACUCCCCCACCCCCGGCCACCACCAACAGCACAAAUCCCAGCCCUCAAGGCAGCCACUCGGCUAUCGGCUUGUCGGGCCUGAACCCCAGCACGGGCCCUGGCCUCUGGUGGAACCCUGCCCCUUACCAGCCUUGACGGCAGCGGGAACCUGGUGCUGGGGGCGGCCAGCGCGGCCCCGGGGAGCCCUGGCCUGGUGACCUCACCGCUCUUCUUGAACCACGCUGGGCUGCCCCUGCUCAGCGCCCCGCCAGGCGUGGGCCUGGUCUCGGCAGCUGCUGCGGCCGUGGCGGCCUCCAUCUCCAGCAAGUCUCCGGGCCUCUCCUCAUCCUCCUCCUCAUCCUCGUCCUCAUCCUCCACUUGCAGCGAGGCCGCAGCACAGACCCCUGGAGGCCCCGGGGGGCCCGAGGCAGGGUCCAAGCCCGAGUGAGGGCCCACCUUGCCUCCCCUCCUACUCCUGUGACCCCCACCUCAGUCCCCCCCGCCUGGGAAGAGGGCGAGGGGGCCAGCAGUGGUGGUGCAGAGGGUCCUUGGAGCCGGAGUGACAAGGGAGGAAAGACCAAAAAAAAACCCCCAACUAACCAAAAAAACAAAACAAAACAAGAAAGAAA